ACGAAAUGUUCGUAUCUGUAAAACGACGUGUAAAAUAAAUAAACGAUAAGCAUGCGUUUCAGUAGCAGCUUUACUAUUGUUAAAUAUCACAGCAAGCAAUUUGCAAGAUAUUAUAGCAUCAUGGCAAAUCCACUGGUGGCAGUUUGCCAAAUGACAUCGACAAAUGAUAAGGACAAGAAUUUAGAGACCGUGAGAAAACUAGCUGAGAAAGCUAAAAGCAAAUCAGCCUGCAUUGCAUUCUUCCCUGAAGCAUGUGAUUAUUUAGCAGACAACAAAAAAGCUACGGUAGCCAUGAGCCAAUCGUUAGAUGGACCAACAGUAGCGAGUUACAAAGAAAUUGCAAAAACCAACAGGAUUUGGUUGUCGUUAGGCGGAUUACACGAAGCAUUGAGUAACAACGAGACCCACAUAAGCAAUACUCAUGUUCUAAUAAACAGCCAAGGAGAAAUUGUUGGUGCCUAUCGUAAAAUGCAUUUGUUUGACAUGGAUAACAAGUCUACUGGCGUUAGAUUAAUGGAAUCGGACUAUGUUUUACCAGGACAGAAAAUUGAGCCACCGAUAUCGACACCAAUUGGGAAACUGGGACUUAGCAUUUGUUACGAUAUGCGUUUUCCCGAAUUGUCACUCUCAUUAAGAAACAUGGGAGCAGAAAUACUUACGUAUCCAUCGGCAUUUACAUACCAAACGGGUGCUGCACAUUGGGAAAUAUUAUUGCGUGCCAGGGCCAUAGAAACGCAGUGUUACGUCGUAGCCGCAGCUCAAACUGGUACGCAUAAUAAGAAGAGAGUCAGCUGGGGUCAUGGAAUGAUUAUAGAUCCUUGGGGAACAGUGAUAGCACAGUGUAGCGAGAAAACCGAUUUGGUAGUGGCAGAAAUUGAUCUGGAGCUUUUAAAACAGAUUCGGGAAAAUAUGCCAUGCGAAAAUCAUCGACGCACGGACUUGUAUCCAAAAAUUACGCCGUUAUAAUUCUCGCGAUACAUUCACACUUAUACGAGGUGUAAAUCACCUCAUUCUCCGUAAGACCAAACGUUCGUCUCAACGUCCAUUCAACAAGGAAUAGAAAAUGUAAUGAAUAUUACAUUUCGUUAAUAUACAUAUAUAAAAUGAACAUUUAUUAUGAUACACUUUAUUGUACAUAGUGUUUAAUAACUUAUUUUAAAUACAAAUUCGUUUGUACCAUUUAAAAAUGUAGAAUGGGUGGAAAUAUACUGCUAUUUUUGGAUAA